UCCACCAUGGACUACUCGCUUGUACACAUCACCCUCUUGACCUACAUCCGUAGUGUGUCGUACACGGUCCAGCUGGACCUCUGUGACGUGCUCCAGAAAAUUGUCCGAUCACUUGAUCGACCGGAAUUCAACUCCAACGUCGACACCCUCGACGCGUACAUCGCCACCAUCAACACCAAAAUUAACCCGACUGGGUUCCGGGUCGCCAAACACAGGGCCCAGGUCUCUGGAGACGUCUUCUAUGUGUUUGUGAACACCGUGUCGGACGAGAUCACCAAGGUCAACACAAACUACUCGGUGCCGGAAAUCGAUGCCAUCAAGCGAAUCAUCGACGAUCUCAUUGACCAGUCAGAUCUUCUGUUUCUGCUUGGGUACGUCAAUCUGAGCCAACGUAUCGGCCAGACAUUGAACAAGACCAGUCGUGAGUCCAACGUGCUUCUCAGCAGACUUGUUGACGACGGAUGGUUUGACGUGACGGAAGAGGACCGCGUGACUCUUUCCAUCCGGAGCAUCUGUGAGCUCAAGCACUACUUGAUUGACAAGUACGGCGUCUUUGAUGGUGAGGACGUGCUGCAGCAACUGGGAGGGAAGCUCUUUGUGUGUCGGCAAUGUAAGGAAUUGGUGACCCAGGGAGAAAAAUGUGUUGAUGCCAAGUGUCCAAUUUCAUUCCACUACAAGUGUUUGGAUUUCUACAAACGUCUGAACGACGUCAAGUGUCCGAACUACGACGUGUGUGGGUAUGUUUGGAGCGACCAACACGAUGGGAGCGAGGACGAGACCAAGAACGAGAACGAGAAUGGGAUCCCCAGCAUUCCGUGGACUCCUCCCACCAGAAUUGGGGUUGCCAAUCCUUUGAGAAUAUAG